CACGCGCCAGCCCACUUUGACCUGAGCACUUGAGCAACUGAGCAGCAACGAUCCAUCACAAAACACCAAGCCUUGACAGCCAAAAUGAAGUUCCUGCCAGCUGUCUCAGCACUACUUUGGAGCGCCACCCAGGUCUCGGCCGCUCCCGCUCCAGCACCUGUCGAGGUCGCACCUCGCGCCGGCCCGACUGUAUACCUGUGUGGUGACAGCACCAUGGCGCUUCGGGGUGCAAACGAUGGCUCCACUGACGGCUGGGGCCCCUACCUCAGCAAGUAUCUCAAUGUUCCCGUCGUCAACUCGGCUAUCGGCGGGCGCUCGGCGCGCUCCUACUGGAACGAAGGUCGUUUCCAGGCCGUGGCGAACUCUGUCAAAGCUGGCGACAUUGUUGUCAUUGAGUUUGGGCACAACGACGGUGGAUCUCCCAACAAGAACGACAAUGGCCGAUCCGACUGCCCCGGCCAGGGCACUGAGACGUGCAUCUCUGACAAGACUGGAGAGGUCGUCUACACAUUCGUCUUCUACGUCGUCCAAGCGUCGAAGUUGAUGCUGGCCAAGGGUGCUACCGUCAUCCUCAGCUCGCAGACUCCAAACAACCAGUGGGAAGGGGGCGUGUACGGAGAUGGCGCUCCCCGUUUCGUCGGCUACCAGCAAGUUGCCACCAAGGCUCUGGCGAGCUCCAGCGUCACUUUCGUCGACCACUUCCAGGCCGUCAGCAAGAUGUACCGCAAGCUCGGAAACUCUGCCGUCAACGCCUUCUACCCCAAGGACCACACCCACACCAGCCCCAACGGAGCGGACUACAGUGCCAAGGCAUUUGUCCAGGCUAUUUACCAGAAGAUGAAUGGCUCAACUUCCCUUGCGCCGUACGUCAAGACCCCUGUCAGCAUUGUGUAUUGAUGGCUGGAUCACGGGUGGAGACACGGAGUCGACAUGUGGUCUUCACAACACGAGGGAUCUCGGUGUAGAUAGCCUCAGAUGCACAAAGUACACUAAAUGGCUGUCGCUUACCCGCUUGUGUGUAAGCCAGUCUGCAAUAUAAGCUCAUCCCUUUCAUCGCAA